AGCCAUUCUGGCUCAAGCCAUUGUGCCCAAGCCAUCCCGGCCCAAGGCGUUGCGGGGUCCGCACCCCGAAUCGCACCACACGCCUCAUACGUGUUUUAUCCGUGCGGAGCACCGCCCGAUGGUGGCCAUCGGACAUCCAGCCUCAUGUUUGUCUUGCGCUCUGCUUUUGUUGGGAGACUCGCCCCACGGCGGCGAGCCCGACUGCGCUGGACAGCUGCGCGCUGCCACCGCAGGCAGCGCGACGCGCACGGAGGGAAAACAGGGCCGCUCAAGAAGAUAUAAGCGAAGCGAUCGACGAAUUUCGGAUCCCGCGCGUGGACUGGAGGCUCAGCCAUUGUAGUGGGAAUUGGCGGAAGUCGAAGCGUGUCCUUCUGCGCGUGCCGGACAAGGCCUUCCGCCAUUUUCUCUCGCUGGACUCGUUGCAGUUCCCUGCCGAUGCGAAAGAUCCUGACAGGUGCCGCGCCACCGUCAUUACUUCCAGCGGCUGGGUCGGGCAGGCCACGGAAGAAGAGUUCUAUUUCGGUUUUGAGCAGUGGGUCAGCGAGGUUCGAGAUUCCCGGAAACGAACUGCUUUUCUGCCUGUGUGGUCUGAUCCACGUCUGGACAAGUCAUCCCGCGGAGUACUUCAGUCCGUUCUGUGGGGAGGUGGACGUAUCCCCCAUGACAAACAGCACAGUCUCCCCCAUGACGAGGCAGGAAUGCUUUUUCUUGCCGACGUCCAGCUGCACGAUGGACACUGCACACUGGGGGAAGAACUUGGUGAAUGGUAGCGUUGAUAUGGCUGUGCCGUUCCGUCACCGGUUGUCCAAGCCAUUUGACGGCCUUGGUGUCGGCGACAUUCAUGUUAUGUGGCAGAUGCUCUUCUUCCGUCAGAACGCGAGGACACGAAACGAGAUCGCCCGCCGUGAAGCAGAGUGGCGCUCCAAGAACCAAGCGUGGCCUGCGUCGGGAACAGGCCCCGCUUGCGCGGCGAUCCAUGUCCGCCACGGGGACAAGCUCACACCGUUUUGGAUACAAGAGCACGAUACCAUCGCUGGAGGUUUCAACAAGAUCUUCGACGACUAUUUAGACGUGGCGCUUAAGAUGAUGGAGGACAAGCCUCAGCUGACAGACGCUUCUCGGAGCAAGAAACUUCCGCUAAUAUUUCUGAUGACCGACGACGCUGACAUCAUCGCGGUGGCGAAGGGUUCUCGACGGGCCAUCAUCCACACCAAGCCCCCGAGCACACCGCUCAACAGCUUGUCAGACUUUACAAAGAUACAGACUCCAUUGGAAGCAGCGACUUUGGAUACUCGGCGGCCACUUCUGGGGACAUGUUGUCAUGGUUGUUGUCCAUCCGCCUCAUGAGCGCUUGUAAUUUCUUUGUCGGUAACACGGAGAGCUCGUUCUCAAGGUUUCUGUAUUAUGGUAUGUGCGAGCAGCGCAACGGCAGAUGCCCUCGCAUCUUCAGCUUUGGCCGGAGACAUGAGCAAGAUGAGAGGCCGACCGUGUUUGAGGAAUGAGUUGCUCCAAAGGUAAUAUCAAUGAGGAGAUCCACAGUUUGUGCAGCCGAGCUAUUCAUGCUGUUGCAAGUCUUUUCUACGCAUAGGGAUUUCUCAACAAGAGUCUUGCCAAUUAGUCGUUGGCAAUGGUGGUGCACAUUUUUGCACCGGUCUCUUCCCUCGUUCCUCCUUUUUCCGCCCUCCGCGUUCGUGCUUCCUCCCUCCCACUCUCGUGCUGUGCAACUACCAGCAGCGACCCCCCGUGCGCCUGUUCUUGCGCUGCCGAGCCCUGGGGCCGACGAGACGUCGGGGGAUGGGAACCCUUAUCAUCUGGGGUUGUUGGCGUUGAUGAUGGUGGGGGGGAUGGACGGAGAACGCGGGGCGCUGUUUCUUCAAACGGACGAGGACGGUUGGGGAACAGUUUGUGUAGCCGAGCUUUCUGUGGUACACAAGAGCGCCGCCUGGCCUUCGACCACGCAGCGGCGUCCCUGACCGCCUGGUCCGGCAGCGCGUGCUGCCCCCGUGGGCACCAGCAGGAGCUGUCGUCGCUCACAGCAUGUGGCGCACUGGAUAGACAGUAAUCACAAACUGCGUUCUGCGCGCAGUGUUUUUCAAGUGGGCAUCACUGGAGGCUGCUAUACUCAUGCAGUUGAAAUAUUUUUCCCCUCGUGACAUUCGAAGGUUCCUGUGAGAAAAAAAAGAAGACAA